ACAUAACUCAGGGCAGCACACCCCUUUGUCUCCUCCGUCCCGGUGCAUUGUGGGGCUUUACGUAAAGUCAACAUGGCAGCCGCCUGCUCCAGAACCCUCUGUAAGGUCGCACGGUCUUUUCUAGAAACUCCAGCCGCGGCUCGGACCGGUACCGUGUCAUUCUUGCUGGGGAAUGCUGGCGCUCACGGCUUCAGAAGAGGGUUGAGCACCGGCGGGCCGGGGCUCCGGUCCAGACUGGUGUCCUCGGUUCGGGCAGGAAGAGGCAGGGUACUGGGCUGCGCCUUUCUGCUCGGAGGAGGUCUGGGUCUCUACCAAACCCUGAAGCUGUCCGUGCAGCAGCACCUGGCUGAGGAGGACAAGAAGGUCUCAGGAGACGGACUGAAGAUGACUCUAUACCAGUACAAGACCUGCCCGUUCUGCAGCAAAGUGCGAGCCUUUCUGGACUACUACGGGCUGCCGUACGACAUCGUGGAGGUGAACCCGGUGAUGAGGAAGGAGAUCAAGUGGUCUGCGUACAGAAAGGUGCCCAUCCUGAUGGUGGGCGGCGAGCUGCAACUGAAUGACUCAUCUGUCAUCAUCAGCUCCCUCAGGACGCUAAUGAUCAACAAGGAGAAGAGCUUGUCGGACGUAAUUCACUGCUACCCAGAGAUGAAGUCUGUGAACGACCGGGGAAAGGAGGUGACGGAGUACAACAACAAGUACUGGCUGAUGCUGAGCGAGGCCCAAACCGCUGCCGUUUAUCCUGCAAAGGGGAUGCAGAAAGAGGAGAUGAAGUGGCGACAGUGGGCCGAUGAUUGGCUUGUACAUCUCAUAUCGCCAAACGUUUACCGAACUACCGGCGAAGCCUUGGCGUCUUUCGACUACAUCGUUCGUGAGGGCAAGUUCGGUACCGUGGAAGGCUUCUUUGCCAAAUACGUAGGCGCUGCUGCUAUGUUCGUCAUCUCAAAGAGACUAAAGAAUAGACACAACCUGCAGGACGACGUCAGGCAGGAUCUCUACAAGGCCGUUAAUGACUGGAUGGCGGCCAUCGGCAAGAACAAGAAGUUCAUGGGUGGCGAUCAACCGAACCUGGCGGACCUGGCGGUGUUCGGAGUCCUCAGAGUGAUGGAAGGACUUCAGGCGUUUGACGACAUGAUGGCGAACACCAAAGUCAAACCCUGGUACAUGCGCAUGGAGAGAGCCACGCUCAACCAUGAGGGUCGAUCUUAAACUCCGAGCCUCCAAAUGGACAAAACCCGCACCUGGAAAAUGGCCUUCGUUGUUUUGUAGGAAUCUCAAACGCCUCAGGAUGAGUCCGCCUCG